AUGGGAAGUCCGCAACUGGAACCCAAGCUACAAUUACUAAUCAACCAGGUCGGUUCAAGUUAUCCAUUUGAAAUAAAACAUUUACCAGGCAAUCGUGUAGCAAAACAAUGCAAGCGACAAUUAGACUUUUCCAUCGUUGUCGAUGAGUCCGCAAGCAUUUCAUUGAAGCAUUGGCAGGAGCAGAUGAUCCCCUUUUUAAGGAAUUUGAUACGUACUAUUGAUCUUGACAAGAGCGACAUCCGACUUUCCCUCACCACUUUCUCAACUCCAGUUCGCCAAAUAUUCGACUUCCUAGACGAGGCUGCCAGCAAUACGAAACUUGCCUUGGAAAAACUUGAACGUAUGAGUGAAACCAGACCCUCUCAUGGUAUGACUUUUACCGGAAAGGCCUUACACUACGUCCGCAAAGCUGUGUUGCCCUACGGUCGUAAAAAUGUGCCUAAGGCUCUAUUAGUAAUCACCGACGGAGGUUCGUCGGACGCUGAUCACACUGCUCAAGCAGCUGCUUUGCUUCGUGAUGAAGGUGUCAAUGUUAUGGUCAUUGGAGUGGGUGAUGUUAACAUCUUUGAAUGCCGAGGCAUGGUUGGAUGUGACGGUGUCAUGGAUUGCCCAAUGUUCAAACACACCAACUGGGCAGACAUGAUAAAUCUGUUCUAUGGCCUUAUGAAAGAAGUUUGUGACACUCUUCCUCAGGAUGCGGAAUGCCAGCCUAUAUGGUCGGAAUGGUCAGAAUGUGAUGCAGAGUGCAAUGCCAGUGGCAUACGUACACGUAGCUUGAUCGAUUUGAAAACAAUCAAGGCAGCGGUGAACGGAACUAAUGGCCAGCUAGGACGUACAUGUGUGGAUCAGAAGUCUGAUUUCCCACCUCAGGCUGUGCAGUGCACUGGAGAUUGCGAGAAAAUAAAGGAGCACAAACACGACCUCCCACCUCCACGCAUAGGUAAGCUCAUACGAUUUAUGAAUCACGAUAUAUGUUUCCCUUUAGAGGGCGAUAAAGGAGAAGUCGGAGGAGCCACCGAUUUGGAUAAAAUUCCAACGGAGGUGCCUCAGACCCCCAAUGCCCAUGACGAAGAGCCACACUCAGACGACGAUGAGGAUUUCAACACACCUUACUCUCCUCAUGAACAGUCUACGCCCCCCAGCCAACCAGAUGUACAUACCACGGACUUAUCAAAGAUCGACGAGUAUGAAACUACAACUGACACUGCAGAGGCAACGCCUGAAGAGGAUGGACUGCAUGGAACAGGGAGUGAACGAGAGGAGCGCUUGAAGGAGGAAUUAGAACGUCAACGUGAAUUGGAACGAGAAAAGGAGGAGGCUAUGAAACAGGCAUUUGAGAAGUCUCUCGAGGAGCAACGUGAGAAGGAGAAGCAAGAGGAAGAAGAGCGACGACUUGCCUAUGAACGAACUAUCUACGAACAGAUGGAAAGGGAAAAGAAAGAGGAAGAAGAGAGGAGGCUUGCCCAUGAACGAAACAUCCGUGAACAACUGGAGAAGCAAAAACUGCAAAUGGAAGAUGAGAUGAAACAAGCAUAUGACCGAACUCUCUAUGAACAAAGCGAAAGCGCAAAGGAACACGGUGGCGAUGUCGUACACACUGGCGGAGCGACUGGCUUAGCGACUACCGGCGCAUCAUCCGUUGUUCACGAUGCUGCACUGCAACCAAGGACGGAUACUCAAUCCGUGAAGGGGGCUGACGGUGUCACAGCGCAAGACAAUGUCGGUAAUGCUGAAAACCAGGAAGGAGAUAAGGGUCGUUCUACCAGCAACACAACUAAAAUUGCGGGAGGCGCACUGUUGGGUCUUCUACUUGUCGGAGCUGGAGGUGGAUAUGCUAUGUACAAAAAGAACAAGGUACCCCCAAUGGACUUAGACCCUGGAGAUUACGCUGGGGCCGAUGAAAGCGUGCAGCCCAUGAAGGACGCUGAAACCUAUACCGUCACCGAGUUCGACAACAACAUUUGGGGCGAAGCAGCCUGA